GCGACGCACGCUCACAGCGACGCCAUUUGCUGAUUCCAGAGCGUGGGACGAGGGAGGUCGCGCGAGAGACUCACACAUACUGGGCAACUAGGGGCUUUCCUGCGCACGUGACACUCCUCCAGCCGGCCCCUCGCGCUCUCGCUCUCCACCCGCUCCGUGCCCUCCGGAGCUUCCAGCUUGCGACCUGGUGUUCGCUCUCCCUUCUUCCUUCGAAGCGGCUCCCUUCCAUCUCGCCCGGAGAGGCGAAGCCCGCCCGCGCGUCCUUUGGAAGAGCCACCGCCCGGGAGGGAGACGGAGACCCCGCGGAGGCCGCCGCAGCCAUGCCCAAGAAUAAAGGAAAGGGAGGUAAAAAUAGACGCAGAGGAAAGAACGAAAAUGAAUCUGAAAAAAGAGAGUUGGUGUUCAAAGAAGAUGGACAGGAAUAUGCCCAGGUGAUCAAAAUGUUGGGAAAUGGAAGAUUAGAAGCAAUGUGUUUUGAUGGUGUGAAGAGGUUAUGUCAUAUCAGAGGGAAAUUAAGAAAAAAGGUUUGGAUAAAUACAUCAGACAUUAUAUUGGUUGGCCUCCGAGACUACCAGGAUAACAAAGCUGAUGUUAUACUAAAAUACAAUGCAGAUGAAGCAAGAAGUUUAAAGGCAUAUGGGGAACUUCCAGAGCAUGCCAAAAUCAACGAAACAGACACAUUUGGUCCUGGAGAUGAUGAUGAAAUCCAAUUUGAUGAUAUCGGGGAUGAUGAUGAAGACAUUGAUGAUAUCUAAAUUGAACUCGACAUUUACAUUCCGAUUUUUCUGAGGAUUGUUCUACUUUGGUAUUUUCAUUUGGAUUUUUGGCCAAGUCCCAUCCUGUUAAGAAGAACGAAACUUCAUUAGCAUGAGUGCAGCUUGUUAAACCAGACUGAUUUAUUUUCAAUGUUUGUUUUAAAAUAUUUAUAUUUCUUUAAAAACUGAUAAUGCUGAAUUACCUUAAGCGAAAUGUUAAGCCCAUUUUGUCUCUUUGGUGAAUUAGAUCUUCAACAUUUGGGUAAAAAAAAAACAACAUAACAUCUAUUCGGUUGGUUUUUUUUUUUAAAUGCAUUACUGCCUUUCCUAUUUUGACCACCUCACUUCCAGUAAAUUGAUGUUUGAAUAAAUUGUUUGCCCUAUGAUUAUCAUGGAUUACAAUUAAAUCCCUAGUUUGAAUUUGUGUCUUUUCACUGUACAGAGUCUUUCUGUAACUUCUAGUUGCCUAGAAAUUCACUGAGUUUUUGAUAAAAUUUAAGGGAGGCAGAAAUCUGCAUUUAAAGUCAUAAUGCAUGGGUCUGUUUUUCAUAUUUUAAUAGCAUGUGGCUAUUUUUAUACUGAUUUUGAUAUUACACACAUUAUCUCAGUAAUCUCGUUCUGUUGCCACCAUAAAGAAGUCAAUUUAAAAGAAGCAUUUCAAAAAUGCAGGUGUUUUAAAAUUUGUUUGAAGUAGCUUUUGAAUUUGUAGUCGUUUCAGAAUUUGAACACUGGGUGGCACUCAAUUACCUUUAAACAUCAGAUAUUGUCAUACAUUAGUUGCAGAUUUUUUUUGUAUUAAACAUGCCAAGAAAGUUUCCCAAACAAAACAAAAAAAAAUAAAUGAUUAAUUAUCUUUCGAAGGUAAACAUGUAGAAUAUUUUUACAGUACAAAGGGGUUAUGUUUUAAAUGUCAUUUUAUCUUAACCUUCAGAAGUCAUGUACCUUGCAAGAUAAAAUUUUGGAUAGUUUAUGUACAUUUAAAUUACGAUGUAUAAAUGAAAAUUUGAUGUCAACUUCUAAAAAUGAAGCUUUUGUCCAAAAUUAAACCCUACGGGUGGAGAAAACAAUGGAAAAACAAUCUCCAGUUUCUGAAUGGAAGAGCCCACCCCUAAGAAGUCUAAUAAAGACUAAAUCAUUAUGUGGAGAUUAA